AGCAAUGGUCCAUCCAAGAAUUAUACAGGCAUCAGUGUAAUAUUUACCAUUUUUCCAGUUUUUAGUCUAUCCAUCCAUUUCCUCUCUGUUGCAUCAUGGCGACCGGCGGUCAUGGUGCCAGAGAAGAGGCAGAGCCGAAGAAGCUGAAGCUUUACUCAUACUGGCUGAGCUCUUGUUCUUGUCGCGUUCGCAUUGGUCUCGACUUAAAAGGAUUGGAGUACGAGUACGUAGCGGUGAAUUUUCCUGAAGGAGAACAGCAGACACCUGAGUUUUUGAAGCUGAACCCCAUGGGGUACGUACCGGUACUGGUGGAUGGGGACAUAGUACUUGCAGACUCUAUUGCCAUCUUGUUGUAUCUAGAUGAGAAGUUUCCUCAACAUCCGUUGUUACCGAAGGAUUCUGUGAGGAGGGCUAUCAACUUCCAGGCGGCAAAUGUUAUUUCUUCGAGUAUACAGCCUCGUCAACUUAUGCUUCAACAUAUGAGAGAAAAAUUAGGACCUCAAGAAGCUAUCGCUUGUGCGCAAGAUGAUAUACGAACAGGCUUUGCUGCGCUGGAGAAGCUAUUGAAAGAUUAUGCUGGUCGAUAUGCCACUGGCAAUGAAGUUUUCCUGGUUGAUUUAUUCCUAGCACCCCAAAUUCAUGCUGCCAUUACAAGAUUCAAGGUCGAGAUGGAUGAGUUUCCUCUUCUAUCAAGGUUGUUUGAGGCAUAUAUGGAGCUACCUGCUUUCCAAGAUAAUAUGCCAGGAAAACAGCCUGAUACACCAGCCGAGCAUCGAGUCUGAGGCAUUUUACCUAUGCUGCUAACAGAAUGUCGAUAUCCAUCAUCUGCUGGCUCCAAGUCUUUAUCAAAGGAGACGUAAUCUUCGAGAUGAAGUGCAUGGGUCGUCCCUGGCCACUUACCAGUUACCACAUUGUUAAAAAAAAGAAAAAAGUGUUAUCAUUGUUUGUUGCCAUUAUUUGAAUUGUAUUGUGGAGUAUUACAGUUUUUCAUUUUGUUUUAAUUUUAAAAAAAUUUGGAAUUUGACUUA